UUAACGCCAUAUGCUUGCUUUUCUUCAUGCAGUAAAACAUACUGCGGAUAUUGCACGAGGGUGAAGCAACUUCUUUCCCAGCUUGGUGCUACUUUUAAAGUUAUUGAACUUGACCAGGAAAGUGACGGAGAUGAGGUACAACAAGCAUUACUAGAAUGGACUAGGCAGAGGACUGUGCCUAACGUGUUUAUUGGGGGAGAACAUGUUGGUGGCUGCGACAGCGUAUUAGAGAAGCAUCAACAGGGAAAGCUACUUCCCAUGCUGAAGGAUGCCGCUGCUAUUCCCAACAAUCCUGCCAAAGUCUAGAAAACAGUAGUUGUUAAGCUGACAAUAAAAAUGAAGUUGAGAGUGCUGUAACUUAACUGCCUCCUCUCCUCUAGUUUGGGUUGUUUAAUAAGACGUUGGAUUUCAAGUUCCUUUUUCUGUUCUUCCCUUGCCUCAGUCUCCUAAACAUUUCCUUUUAGUACCUAUUUUCCAUUUUUAACUUGCCAUCUGUUCCGUUGGGAAAUAUAUAUUGUAGAUUCG